AGCAAAAGCAGGGAAGAUACAGGUAUUCUUUCUAAUUUUCUACAAUCCUGUGAUCUUUUGGUUUUAUACGUUCCCGUUUUUAUGAAUUUUAAAUGUUCCACAGUGAUUUUUUCGCUUUCUACGAUCCUGUUUUCAUGAUUUUUAAACGAUCUACAGAGAUGUUUUUGCUUUCUACGAUGCCGUGGAGACGAUCCCUAAAGACCUUAGAUAAUAAAUCCAAUUAAAAUAAACAAAGUUUGUAUAACGAAACAAACUUUAUAAUUGUUGAAAAAAUUUCAAUAUAAAACUAUAGAUAAUAGUCCAAUUAUAAUAAACGAACUUCGUAUAAGCAAAUUUUUAUACAAACUUCUUUAAAAAUGAUACGAACUACAUACGAACUUUAUUUUAAAUGAUACAAACUUUAUACGAACUUGUAAUUUUGAUGAUACGAACAAGUUCAUAUUAAUAAUAAAAUGAUACGAAAGAUUUAAUAAAUCGAUACAAAGUUUUUUAUACGAAUUAUACGAACUACGUACGAACAUUUUGAGACAGUCCCUUACAGAAUAAUAACACAAAAUUGAUAAAGUUAAUUUCUUCCUUUUUAAGAUUGUUUAGAAUUAAAUCAUGUAUAUAUACCACAGCUCCUAAAACCUUUUUUAAAGAAAACGAAUGUCAUAUUCCUAAUACAACUUCAUUUUUAAUAUGCACAACACUACAAUAGAUAAAAAUCCUUGGAAAUGAGGUUAACAACUUGCUACACAGGUUUUUAAUUGAUUCUUGAAUUUUUUUAACAGGAGAAACUUAUAUAGUAGUAGAAAUAACUAAAAUGAAUGUUCCAAAGUAUUUCGUAUGUUAACACCCAAUGCUAGUGUGAACGCAAGUGAUUUCCAAAGUUUUUGUGUGCACUACCAUCAUGUCAAUAUCACCAAUUCCACUUUCAAGUCUGAAGAAAGAUUAUCAAAUAAAAUCACAAAUCAACAAUUAUUCGUAUCACCUCUAUGAAUGUGUGUAUUUACUUCGAGUAAAAAAAUUUCAAUGCGAUAUUGGAAACGAGUUGGAAGAACAAAACCAGAUUGAUAUAAAAAUUAGCAGUUUGUAUGAAGGAAAUGGACGAAGCCUUCUAGUCUUGGUUUGUUCAAAUGGUUCACUUUUACUGUAUAUGAGAGAAGAUGAAGAGUGUCCAGUAACAAAACAACUCAACUGGUUUCAGAACCCAUCAAAGAGGAUUGUUGCAUUAUGUGUGGAUCCUUUAAGAGGAGCUUGGAUUUUGUGUGCAUGCAAAGACUCCAGCUUGUAUUUAAUACCAGCACUUGCUCAGUUAAAGGAUACAGUAAAAUUGGUAAAUGCGUCUCCGACAUGGUCACAAACAGAUUUGUCAAGAAUUCCAUUUUCUAAACCACCCAAAGGUCGACCUACAUGUGUUGUAUGGUGGCAUACAUUGGAUGAUAGAAACGUUGGUAUUGUUGGUACAGAGUCUGGAGAAUUGAUAUUUCUUGACAUCUCUCGACACCAAGAGAUUACACGGACAGCUAUCAAGGAGAAAAUUGUAAAAUUAGAACUCUCACAAGAUAUUAAUGAACGAACUUCGUAUGUACUUAUUUACACUGUAAAAAAUUGGACAUUGCAACUUUUGUUGGAACAGCCAUCAAAAUCAGCAGAGUUUAACCCACCCUCAAGUUUGACACAAGCGUAUGAUAUGGGGUAUGACAUGGUGGCAGACUGCAAUGUUGAUUCAAUUUUAUUUACGACACGCAUUGAAAAUAAAGAAGAAAUACAGCUGACAAAUAGAACAGAAGUCCUUCCACAAGAUUUUAAAUACUGCAUUCAUCACAUCAAUGAUAGUGCCCUUAUUGGAAAACAUGACACAAAGUAUAAUGCUUUGGAAAUUUUCAGUGACAUUAGGCGUGUUCCAGAAUAUGUUUAUCAUGUCACACCAAAUUGUAUUGAUUUGCUUUUGUGUGAAAACUUCAUGUUCACUGUCACCAAGAACGACAAUCAGAUUUCUUUAAAUGUUGUAUCUCGUCAACUGUCAGCUACCUCAUUUAACAGACAGGGAUUAAAGAAGCCAGACCCAUCACGAAAAGCAGAAAUUCAAAUGUUCAAACUUUUACCUGGUGAAGAGUUUUUGAACUGUUACAAAGUGCAUUUUAAAAGACCAGUUAGCUGGAAGGAUUUGUUUCCACACAAAGAUGGUUACAAAGAUGAGUGUCAUCUUUCUUCGUUUUUCAUUGUAACAAAAGAUGGGGUUUUAGAAUGUAGACCUUGCAUUUCUCCUGAGCACUAUUUCACAGAACUGGCAGCAAAAACAGGUAUUGAAGUUGCAGAAAAAAUUGGUGUCACCUUGGAUUUAAACAUAUCUUUAUUGUGUGAGUUUCUUGCUGAUAAAUUGAUUAGAGAAAAAGAGAUACAAACAGCUGUUAAAUUUUACAACCGAUCAAAGUGUCCAGCUAUCAAACGUGCUACUCAGUUGGUGGAGUUCUCAAAUGUUACAGAAAGUUUGAUUUACAUAAAACAGGUGUUGAAGAAACAACCAACUAGUUUAUCUGCAAAGGAACGAAAACAACUUUCCAACAUGACAAUUUUAUGCUAUGUUGAGCAGGCACUUGAAAGUCAAAGAUCAGGAACGUUCUCUAAAAAUUUAGCAGAUUCUUUCAAAUCAUUUAUCUAUGAUAAUUUUGAUUAUGAUGAGCAACUGGCCAUGGAUUUACUUGCUUCAUAUGGCUUGAUUGAUAAUUUGUUUGAAGUGGCAAAGACACGAGGUAGAAUAAGUGAUGCGUUGGAUAAACUGUCUUCUUGUGGUUUAUUUAUGUUAACUCGAACUGUGCAGCACAUGCUUUUGGAUUGUGGUUAUGGAGAUGUCAUAUGCAAAGCUUCCAACGGUGUGUUCAUACAACACAUGAAACCAGAAGAUGCAGCGAAAUUUCUCUUAGCUCAGCCUGAUGUAACAAAGAAGUUUAUCAACAUUGUGUCUCGAUUACUACUGAAAGUAGAAGAAUCGACACUGCUUCAAAUUGCAAGAGUAUUUGAUCCAUCGAGACAAUUUAUUAAACCAAUCCUUGAGAAAGUGGAUUCUAACAGAAGAAAAAGAUCAAAUUCAUCUUUAUCGCUUAACUCUACAACAUCAACGAUCGUCGAUGAUCCAACUUUACCAACCACUUCAGAUAUUAUUGUUGUUUUUUUAAAAUCCAUCAUUGCAUUGAACUCAAGAAGAAAGGGAACAGCACUACCUGAUCUAAAGUUGAUUUCAAGACAUCUUUCUGGUCAAUUAAGUUGGUCAAAUUCAAUCUACAUGCGUUCGGAUAGUAUGGGUAGCAACGAGCUGCUUGUAUCAGAGAUGUCGCGUGUUAAGGUGGCGUGUGGACGUCACCAUCUUGCAUUUGUGACUGGUGAUAAAGAAUUGUACACAUGGGGAAGAGCAAGCUUUGGAAGAUUAGGUCACGGUGAUCUUGUUGAAGAACGGUCCAUCAGUCAACCAAUGAGAGUAGAGAGUCUUCACAUGCACGGUAUUCAAGUUUUGUCAGUGGCUUGUGGAGCAUUACAUACAAUAGCAUUGUGUCAAGAAGGAGUAUUUGCAUGGGGGUCAAAUAAACAUGGACAGCUUGGUGUUGGGGAUACACGAAAACGAAGUCGACCUGUCUUAUUAUCUGAUCUGAGCAGUAAACAAGUCAAUUCUAUUGUAUGUGGGCAAUACCACUCCUUAGCUGUAACAACAGAUUACAAAGCCUUUUCAUGGGGAUGGGGUGUGCAUGGCCAACUUGGUUUAAAAUGCAAUGAAAACCAAGUCACACCACAGUUUAUUCAUCUACUUAAAGGUCAUCGAGUUAUUCAAAUAGCUGGCGGUUACGCCCAUUCAGCAGUUUUAACUAGCAGAGGUCAAGUGUUUACAUUUGGUGCUGGUUUAUAUGGUCAACUUGGUAUAGGUGUAAAUACUAAAAGGACUACACCACAGCUAGUAGAGUCUUUGGCGCAUGAUUCUAUUUAUUUGAUCGCAUGUGGAUCAUUUGAAACUCUAGCUGUUUCUGAAGACCAAACAAUUUUCUGUUGGGGAAGAAAUUAUCAUCAAUUCCAUAUUUGUGGUAAAGCUGAAAGUGCAAGUUAUGGACGUCAAAUGGCGAGCAACACAACAGAUAUUAGUCAUCGUUAUCUUCCAGAAGAUUUACCUUUCAAAUUGCAACAACCUAUUAUCCAGUUGAUUUGUGGUAAUUGGCAUUACAUGGCAUUGACGUCAAUGAAUUAUGUGUACACGUGGGGAUGCAAUGACUGUGGACAAUUAGGACACUACAAUAAAAUUGAACAGCCCGCCCCUCGUCUUGUGAAAGCAUUAUCUCGUCGAUCUGUUGUUGGUGUUGCAGCUGGUAGUGAAUUUUCGCUGUGUGUAGAUAGCGAAGAUCAAGUGUUAGCAUGGGGAAGAUCAGAUGGUGGCUUGAUUGGAAUUGAGAACGAUGCUGCACCCACCACCUCGGUAGCAAGACGAUCUGUCUUCUCCGUGUUGGCACCAACACCAGUUCCGGGUCUGCCUAUACAUUUUGAUCAAGUCAGUGUUGACUCUACCCAGAGCUUAAAACGUGAAUUCAUGUUCGACCAAAAUUAUGACUUGCCAGAUUUAUCCACUGUGGGUCACGACCAAGCUCCGUACAGUUGUGAAGCUGUGUUGGUAUCCUUAAGCAAAUUGAAGGGAUUGUAUGAUCUUGACUGCAUGGGACAGUAUGCACUUCGUACGAAGCAAUGGUUUGUUUUGUCGUUUUGUUAUGAACUAGACGAGAAAUGGGACAAGGCUUUCGGGUAUCGAGCACAAUCUAUACAGAACUAUUACAGAAGCAAUUCACAUGACGUCAUAGACCAGUAUUCAUAUUUUGAGAAGAUGUUUUUGGUUGUGGCUGAUUUUCUAAAUUUUUUUAGCAAAUUUGAAGAUCGUUUAAGUGAAGAUUUGGAAGAAGAUUGCAGCCUUGUUGCCAUGGUGACUUGUUUAAAUGCAAUACUUCAGUACUGGAGGAAAGAAGAUUUCAAUUUCCGUCGUUUAGAAGAUUUGCUUCGAAAGCAUUUGGAAUCAUUAUGCCCUCUUUACACUAUAGUGUUUUUUGGGCACCUUGGUACUCCCAACAAUGUAUCGUCUCCGACAUUACGAUUUGCGUUGUAUCACGUGACAAAACAAAACGCAUUAUUCGAAAAGUUUUCUGAUACGUUUUUUAUUGACAUGCUUUCACAAGUAACUACACAGAUGGAUUCCGGUAGUAACUGGUAUAAUUUCCUAUCAAGUUCGGAAGAUCAAGAUGUGAUUGGUUAUACUGAUAUGUGUUUGUACGCACCGGUUGAGGAAACUACACUGAGUAGAGAUGAAAUGUUGAGAGAAAUAAUUGAACACAAACGAAAGAUCUUGAGCAUCAAACCGUACAUUAGUUUAUCGAACGCUGUUGCUGCAACUCUAGCAGCUGCUUCGAUAGCUCAUCAAGUUCAGUCUGAUAUGGACGCGCAUGAGAACAAGUCGUACAAACAACUUAGUAUAGAUGAGCCUGAUUCAACAGUGUUCACUUGUAAUCAUAAUUUACCUCGAUAUUACAUGUUAGAAACAGUGAUUCCAGAGUUUCAAUCGCGGAUGAACGAGUUACCCGAAUCUUUAGUUAAUACUGCGGAAGCUAUGGCGAAAUUUUACAAAGCAGCGGAUAUACGAAUACCCAUGGCAUGUCCGUAUUGUGUCUAUAAUAACUUAAGAAAUGAACAAUUACACGUGUUAAGGGAGACUGGUGCCGACAUAAUAAAUGACCGCUCUACUGUCUGGGAAAUAUAAAAUUCAUCAUGUAUAUAUAAUUUAUCAUUUAUCAUCUCAUCUACUGAACAAACUGUUUUUCUGUAAUAAAUGUGACUCAAUCUUAAUAAAUGUGAUUCAAGUAAAAAAAUUCGCAUUACAAGUGAGCCACAAAAGAAAAUAUUUCACCCUUUAAUUCGUUUCCGACUUUUCUUAGAGUAUAUAUUGACCAGAGGUUAUUUCAUUUUGUAAAAUAUUAAUUGAUCUCCAUAGUGUUCAUAAAAUGUAUAGUCGACAUGAGUUACCAAUCUUGGAGAUUUUUAUUAGGUACAAAGUUGUAUAGUGACAUCAAUCAAGUCCACUACUUCAAAGAAAAACACUUUUGCAAUAUUUGGCAUAAAACGCGAAAGUUCGCACUGUGAAAAAAAAAAUGAAAUGACUUAAUAGCGAAAGUUUUUUUCUCCCAAAAUCUAUUGAUCGCUAGUCUCAAGAUUAUAAUUAGUUGUUAUAUUUAGGCAUAUUUGAU